GCGGGCGCGGCACCCGGAAGUCGGCGGCUGCGGAGGCGACUUCGUGAGCCACACGUGUGAGCAAAAACCACCUCUUGGGCCAGCCAUGUGUAUCAUCUUCUUUAAGUUUGAUCCGCGCCCUGUGUCCAAAAAUGCAUACAGGCUCAUCCUGGCUGCCAACAGGGACGAGUUCUACCACAGGCCAUCCAAGUUAGCCGACUUCUGGGGGAGCAACCAUGAGAUCCUUAGCGGGCUGGACAUGGAGGAAGGCAGGGAAGGCGGCACAUGGCUGGGCAUCAGCACACGGGGCAAGCUGGCAGCGCUUACCAACUACCUGCAGCCACGAUUGGAUCCGGAAGCCCGAGGCCGAGGUGAACUCGUGACCCACUUUCUGACAACGGACAUGGACAGCUUGUCCUACCUGAAGAAGGUCUCUGUCGAGGGCCACUUGUACAACGGCUUCAACCUCCUGGCAGCUGACUUGAGCACAACAAAGGGGGAUGUUGUCUGCUACUAUGGCAACCGUGGGGAGCCAGAGCCCGUCGUGCUGGCACCAGGGACCUACGGGCUAAGCAAUGCACUGCUGGAGACACCGUGGCGCAAGCUGUGCUUUGGGAAGCAGCUCUUCCUGGAAGUCCUGGAGCGGAGCCAGGCACUCCCCAAGGAUGCGCUAGUCGCCCAGCUCCUGGACGUGCUCAACAACGAGGAGGCACAGCUGCCUGACCCGGCCAUUGAGGACCAGGGCCGCGAGUACGUGCAGCCCAUACUGAGCAAGUAUGCGGCUGUGUGCGUGCGCUGCCCGAACUACAAUUACGGUACCAGAACCAACACUGUCAUCCUGGUGGACGCAGAUGGCCACGUGACCUUCACAGAGCGCAGCAUGCUGGACCAGGACCCCACUCGCUGGCAGACCAACACCCAUGAGUUCACGCUGCAGAGCUAAUCCCUCCCCUGGGCUAGCCCACAGGCACUGGGGAGGCACUGACCAAAGGCCCAGUGUGGACAGGAACCUUCCAGAGCCACCCUGCACUGCCACCUGUGACUUGGCCAGCAGCCCCUCAGACCAGCCGCCUCUGAUGUGUGUGUAUGUGUCUCCUUGCCUAGCUUGGGAUCUACCCUAUGCCAGUGGGGAAUGACAGAGUCUGUGUGAGGUCUGGAGUUGCCCCACACGUUCAGGGAGUAUGUUCCUGUGGCCAGACCUACACAGGCACACACACACAUGCAAAGCACACACACAGGCUCAGACAUGUACAACACAUGUACAUAAGCACAGGUGUGCAGACGCACAUACCAAACACAACACAUGUGCACAUGAGCAUGUACGUUCACACGCACGUGUUUGUGAGCACAGACAUGCCUAGUGUGCAGGCAUCUCUGUAUGUGCUUGCACUCAAGGACUUACCACACAGCCACACGUGACAGGUGUCACCACAACUGCUCACACAUGCUCCCAGCCAGGGUGUCUCUGCUCUGGUCCACAAACAAUCGUGGGAUUUCUGUUUAAACAAGGGCCUCCUCUCUCCACAUCUCGGGGCACUGUGCACUUCUCUUCCCCCAUGAGGACAUAAGUGCUCCUUCAGAGAG